AUGAGUAUUUGUCAACCAACUGAGUCUGUUGAAAUUACUUCAAUAGAAAUGAUUCCAACAUCUAAAAUUGGGAUAAUUGGAGCAGCAGAUGGUAAUUGUUAUUUAUUCAAUGAAGAAUUAGGAAGAAUUUGUGCUACAUUAAAAUCAGAUAAUGAAGAUACUUCAGUUGAGUCUGUUGGAAUGAAUAAAUUACAUUCUAACUUUGCAUUUAGUGGUAGUUUAGAUGGUAUAAUUAGAAUGUAUGAUAUGGAUAAUGGACAAAUUGUUCAUGAAUUUAUACAUUCUGAGGAUCAUUUUAGUGUAACCAAAAUAUCACCACUUCAAGGACAAUAUGUUUUAGCAACAUUUGGUAUGGAUUCAAGAAUUAAAUUGUGGGAUUUAAGAACUAAGAAUUGUAUUAAAGAAAUGGGUGGGCACCAAGAUGGCAUUAUUUGUGCUGAAGUUAAUUGGGACAAAAAAUUAAUCGUUACAGGAAGUGAAGAUAAUACAAUGGGAUUAUUCGCUUUAUAA